CUGGGCUCGGACGAGAGCCUGCGCCACUUCGCCGUGCGCCUGGACAGCGGCGCCUUGGUGGUGAGCCAGCAGCUGGACCGAGAGCGUCUGUGCGGAGCAGCUGCCAGCUGCGUGCUGUCGGUGCAGGUGGUGGCAGAGAACCCUCUGCAGCUCUUCCGCCUGGAAGUAGAGAUCCUGGACCUGAACGAUAACUCCCCGAGCUUCCCCACCGCUCACCGCACCCUGCGCGUCGCGGAGUCUGCCACGGUGGCUGCGCGCUUUCCCCUGGAGAGCGCGCAGGACCCCGAUGUGGGCACCAAUGCCGUGGGCUCCUACCGCCUGAGUCCCAACUCCCACUUCUCCCUGGACGUCAAGCAGCUGCAGGAUGGCAAACUCUUCCCGGAACUGGUGCUGGAGCGGGCCCUGGACCGGGAGGAGCAGCCAGAACUCCAGCUGGUGCUGACGGCAGUGGAUGGGGGAAGCCCAGCCCGCUCAGGCACGGCACAGGUAACGGUCGUGGUCCUGGAUGUCAAUGACAACGCGCCCACCUUUGACCGUGCCACGUACAAGGUACAAAUCCCAGAAAACACGCCCGUGGGGACCCUGCUUCUCCGGCUCAAUGCGUCUGACCCCGAUGAGGGCAGCAAUGGGGAGACGCAAUAUGCCUUCGGGGUUCACACCUCGGACUCUGUUCGUAGGCUCUUUGCCCUGGAUCCCCGCAGUGGCGAGGUCCAGGUGAGUGGGGCCCUGGACUUUGAGGAAUCACCUUUCUAUGAGAUCUAUGUGCGAGCCCAUGAUGGAGGGGUCCCAGAGAUGGAGGGCCAUUGUGUACUGCAGAACCACUUCUCCCUGGUCUCCCGGGAGAGCCUGGACCGAGAGUCCACUUCACAGUAUGUAGUGGAGCUGAUUGAGGAGGGUGGGUUGCCUGCUCUCACCCCGACGCUCACGCUGCUCCUCAACAUAUCUGACGUGAAUGACAACCCCCCACGCUUCUUGCAGCCCUCCUACGAUGCCUUCCUCCCAGAGAACAACCCACCUGGCUCCCUGCUCUGCACUGUCUCUGCCUCGGACCCCGACGACGGGGAUAAUUCCCGUCUCGUUUAUUCCAUAGAGAGUGGCCAAGUACAGGGUGCCCCCACCUCUUCCUUCGUCCACAUCAACCCUGACAAUGGCAACCUCUAUGCUCAGCGCAGCUUUGACUUCGAGCUGAUGCAGGUUCUGCCGGUCUCUGUGGCCGUGCGGGACUCGGGGUCCCCCCCGCUCCAUGCCAACGUUACCGUCUACAUCUUUGUGCUGGACCAGAAUGACCACCCCCCCACCAUCCUUCACCACGCCAGUGACAGCGAUGUCCUGGCACCCCAGAGGGUCCCACUGUCAGCCCCACCGGGCUACCUGGUCACCAAGGUGACAGCAGUGGACGCAGAUUCCGGGCACAAUGCCUGGCUCUCAUACCAACUGCUUCCGCAGUCCACCGACCCCUCCUUGUUCCACGUGUCGCUGUACACCGGAGAGGUGCGGACGGCACGUGCCCUCCAGGACACUGACGUGGCAGCGCAGCAGCUCAUCAUCCAGGUGAUGGACAACGGCGAC